UUUAAUCAGUAUAUAAAAGAUAAGUGUUCUGUGCGGACGUGCGGGCAUGUUCACGGGGAUUAUAUUCAUUGCCUUUCUAUUAAGGAGCAAGAUGGGUCGCAUUAUUCUGGCCAUUCUGGUAGCCGUUUUUUCCGUCCCAAUAUAUUUCCUGUUCCUCAGAAGCUCGCCACCCGUACCACCAGUCGACCUGGACGAGUGGUGGAGCACGGCCCUGUCGAAGUCCAAACAGGAUGAUACCAUCAAGCCAUUUAAAGUGGAAUUCAGUGAAGUGAUGAUAAAAGACCUAAAGGAACGUCUCCGCGACCGACACCCUCUCGCUCCUCCGCUGGAAGGAGUCGCCUUUGAAUACGGCUUCAACAGUAAACAUUUGGAAGGGAUACUUAAGUAUUGGGCUGAUGAAUAUCCGUUUAGCGAAAGGGAAAAGCUGUUCAACAAGUAUCCGAAUUACAAAACGAAUAUACAAGGUCUGAACAUCCACUUCAUCAGAGUAACGCCUCAGGUUCCUAAAGGUGUGGAGCUGGUGCCUCUUCUCUUGCUCCACGGCUGGCCAGGUUCCGUGCGGGAGUUCUUUGAGGCCAUCCCUCAUCUCACCAGUGUCAGCAAGGAUAGGAAUUUCGCAUUAGAACUCAUCAUACCAAGUCUCCCCGGUUAUGGAUUUUCGAGUGCAGCUGUGCGACCAGGUCUCGGGGCUGAUAAAAUGGCGGUAGUAUUCAGAAACUUGAUGAAUAGACUGGGCUUCAAGAAGUAUUACAUCCAGGGAGGAGACUGGGGCGGAUUGAUCACUAGCAUCAUGGCUAUACAGUUCCCAGAGGAGGUUUUGGGUCUUCACACGAAUAUGCCAUUACUAAUGAGUCCGGCUCUUACAUUCUUUAGUGUGUUGGGGUCUAUUUAUCCCCCCCUAGUAGUGGGAUCUAAGACGAGAGAUCGUAUGUACCCCCUGUCUAAGGUAUACAGCAAUUUGUUGGAAGAAACCGGAUAUAUGCACAUACAGUCCACUAAGCCCGAUACGGUUGGAGUAGCUUUAUCUGACUCUCCAGCUGGUCUGGCAGCUUAUAUUCUGGAGAAGUUCUCAUCCUGGACUCGUAUGGAACACCGUUCGAAGCCCGACGGAGGACUCAACUUCCGCUUCACCAACGACCAGCUGAUUGAUAAUCUCAUGAUGUACUGGACCUCGAACUCCGCGACAACUUCGAUGAGAUUGUACGCCGAGACCUUCAACACUAGAUACUUCAAGUUGAAUUAUAACGAAAUCCCAAUCAAAGUCCCAACAUGCAUGAUUCAAGCGAAACACGAGCUGGCUUACGUACCGACGUGGUUACUCAAGACUAAAUACGUGAACCUGAUCAAUGAGACCGUUCUGGAUGACGGUGGGCAUUUCCUGGCGUUUGAAUUGCCAAAAAUCUUCUCGGAGGACGUCCUCAAAUCUAUAGAGAGCUUCAGAGAAUGGCACAGAAAUAAUAAUGAAAAGACUGAACUAUAGACUGUGGGUAACAUUAAACGGUUGUUGAGUUACAA